AGAGGUCUUCAACGGUAUACCCCUAAAAAGCUAAACCGCGUAUAUAGAAACGUUUUUCCAUUCUCAUACAAUUUAAAUUCAACCAAGGAAAAAAAUCAUAUAAUCAUACAAUAGAGAUUAAACGUUACUUUUAAAAAAAAGAAAAGUUUCACGAAGAAAAAAUGGCAGACGCACGUGAGGAUUCGCAAGGUAGCAACAAGAACUACCCCAGCAAUAGCGCCGAUGAAACGCGUUCCCCGCAGAAUAACGCCUCGGAAGGGUCUGCGGGAAAUGUUAAAUCGGAAGAAGCCAACGGAGUUCCUCCUCCUCAGAAGCAAAUUUCUCUAAAAGUCGUCAACGCGGACGGUGCGGAGAUGUUUUUCAAAAUCAAACGUGGAACGCAGCUCCGCAAGCUAUUCGAUGCCUACUGCAAUCGCCAGAGCAUCUCACGCAACAGCAUUCGCUUUUUGUUUGAAGGCAUGGUAAUUGAUGACAUGAACACGCCUGACAGUCUGAAGAUGACGGAUGAUGAUAUCAUCGAUGCUAUGGUCGAGCAAACAGGAGGUGCCUCCUUCUAGAUGUGGGAUUUCUACGAACGUGGGUUUGCUAUGGGUUUGAUAUAUCUCCAAAUAAAAUGAUACGUUUGAAAAAUAUCUGGAGGUUUCACAAAAACACACAAGAAGAAUAAACAAUACCGAUGGAGGAUUAAAGAAAGAGCGAGAAGACAUGUUUGGUUGUGCGAUUGCGUCCCUUUCCUUUUAUUUAUGAAUUAUGACAAUAGAUCUCCUCUCGGCCCUUUUUUCGAAAACUGGUUUGUUUUUGUGUCCAAACGGAUUUGUGGUCAAAAUUAAAAAUAUCCAUAAAAAGAGGGAAAGAAUAUAAUGGUAACUGCAAUAUAUCUAAAAAGGAAAAUGAACUCUUCGCAUGAUUAAUAUAGAAGGAUUCUUAUUAAUGGUGAAUGAAUUAGAAAAAUGAGGCGCCAAUAUCUGAAUUGGAUCAUUAUUGAGCUAUUUUUCUUUUGACAAUGAACAAGAAGCGUUUGGUGGCUGAAAUAUGGGAAAGAACAUACAGACGGUGUUUUUGAUCAUGCUUCGGAUUCACGGACGUUUGCUAAUACUUCAAAAUAAA